GGCUAUAAAAAGAAAACUCUUUUGAGUAUGGUUAUAGAACUCUUUUGAGUAUGGUUAUAGAACUCUUUUUGGAUUAAUCCACUUAAUUAACAAAAUAUCUUUAAAUAAAAGAAAAGUGGCAUGGCAUCAUCUAAAACAAAACCUCGCCAUAUCCCGCCAUGGCCACCACCAACACUCAACUUAUCCUCUCAUCACUCCAACCUCGCCACCACCAUUCUUUCUCUCUCCUCCCAACUACUUUCUCAUUCUCUUUCCUCCGUUAUCCUCUCUCUUUCUCCUUCAACUCCCCAACCUCACCUCUCCGCACCGCCAUUUCCAUCAAACCAAACUCUUCCCUCUCUCGCCAUCCCGACGAAGACGAAGACGAAGAAGAAGAAGACGAAGAUGAUGAAGAUGAAGAUGAUGAUGAUGAAGAUAUUGCAGCUGAUGAAUACGAAGAUGUUGUGUCCGGUGAAGCUUCGGAUGAAGAUGAAGUGGUUAAUGUCGAUGAAUUUUCUCGUUACGAUGAUGGAUUCAAAUGGCAAAGAGUUGAGAAGCUUUGUAAUGAAGUUAAAGAGUUUGGUGUUGGAAUUAUUGAUGUUGAUGAACUUGCUUCUGUUUAUGAUUUCCGAAUCGAUAAGUUUCAGCGGCAAGCGAUUGAAGCUUUUCUGAGAGGUUCGUCGGUGGUGGUUUCUGCUCCGACGAGUAGUGGAAAGACAUUGAUUGCGGAGGCUGCAGCUGUUGCUACGGUGGCUAGGGGACGGCGUUUAUUCUACACGACUCCUCUCAAAGCUUUGUCUAAUCAGAAGUUUCGCGAAUUUCGGGAGACCUUUGGUGACAAUAAUGUUGGCCUUCUUACGGGUGAUUCUUCUGUCAACAAGGAUGCUCAGGUUUUGAUUAUGACCACGGAGAUAUUACGCAACAUGUUGUAUCAGAGUGUUGGUAAUGUUUCUUAUGGAAGUGGACUUGUCAAUGUUGAUGUCAUUGUUUUGGAUGAAGUUCAUUACCUUAGUGACAUAUCUCGCGGUACAGUUUGGGAAGAAGUUGUUAUUUAUUGCCCAAAAAAAGUUCAACUUAUUUGUCUCUCUGCAACCGUUGCAAAUCCAGAUGAGUUGGCUGGUUGGAUUGGUCAGAUUCAUGGUGGAACAGAGUUGGUAACAUCGUUGAAGCGUCCAGUUCCUCUGAAUUGGCAUUUCUCUUUGAAGAAUUUCCUAUUACCACUUCUUGAUGAUAAGGGCACACAGAUGAACAGGAAGCUGUCACUCAAAUAUUUACAACUUCAAGCUGCAAUACCUUACAAGGAUGAUUCGCCUAGAAAAAGGAAUUCCAGGAGACGUGGAACUCGCACAAGCUAUGAUGGUGAUGAUAGCAUGUUGGAAGAACGUUCUCUUUCAAAGAAUGAUAUAAAUGCAAUUCGUCGAUCACAAGUUCCUCAAAUAAUCGAUACGUUAUGGCACCUUCAGUCUAGGGAUAUGCUUCCAGCUGUUUGGUUUAUUUUUAGCAGGAAAGGUUGCGAUGCAGCUGUGCAAUAUGUUGAAAAUUGCAAACUUUUAGACGAGUGUGAAGCAAGUGAGGUUCAACUAGCCUUGAAGAAGUUCCGCAUUAAGUAUCCUGAUGCUGUCCGAGAAACUGCUGUGAAAGGACUUCUGCAAGGGGUUGCUGCACAUCAUGCUGGAUGUCUACCUUUGUGGAAGGCUUUCAUAGAAGAAUUGUUUCAAAGAGGACUUGUCAAGGUUGUUUUUGCUACUGAAACCCUUGCUGCUGGAAUCAAUAUGCCUGCUAGAACAGCUGUUAUUUCAUCCCUCAGCAAAAGAAGUGAUAGCGGGCGCACCCUAUUGACCUCAAAUGAACUGCUUCAGAUGGCUGGGCGUGCUGGACGUAGAGGCAUUGAUGAAAGUGGUCAUGUAGUCCUCGUCCAAACUCCUAAUGAAGGCGCUGAAGAGUGCUGCAAGGUACUUUUUUCUGGACUUGAGCCUCUGGUGUCGCAGUUUACUGCUUCAUAUGGAAUGGUUUUGAAUCUUCUUGGUGGUGGGAAAGCCAUCCGUAGGUCAAACACAUCAGAUGAAAUGAAACCUUCCUCAGGGAAAACUUUGGAUGAAGCUAGGAAGUUAAUUGAGCAAAGUUUUGGAAAUUAUGUUAGUGGCAGUGUUAUGCUAGCUGCUAAAGAGGAAGUUAAUAGAAUUGAAAAAGAAAUUCAGUUGUUGAGGUCAGAAAUCACUGAUGAAGCCAUAGAUAGAAAAAGUAGGAAGGCUUUACCACAGCGACAAUACAAGGAAAUUGCAGAAUUACAGGAAGAUUUAAGGGCAGCGAAACGUGUUCGGGCUGAAUUGCGAAAACAGAAGGAAGCAGAGAGAAUAUCUGCCUUGAAACCGUUUUUGGAAGAGUCCGAAAAUGAACAUUUACCAUUUUUGUGCUUGCAGUAUAGAGAUUCUGGAGGAGUUCAACAUUCAAUUCCUGCUGUGUUUUUGGGGAAGGUCAACUCCCUCGGUGCUUCAAAACUCAAAAACAUGAUCAGUUCUGUUGAUUCUUUUGCAUUAAAUUCAGCAGAUGCAGAUUCUGAAUUGAAUCUAGAUCCUUUACCAUCUUAUCAUGUAGCUCUUGGCUCCGAUAACUCUUGGUAUCUAUUUACAGAAAAGUGGAUCAAAACAGUAUAUGAGACAGGCCUUCCUGAUGUUCCUUUAGUUCAAGGAGAUACGCGACCUCGAGAAAUUAUGAGUGGUCUCCUUGAUAAGGAGGACAUGAAGUGGGAUAACCUUGCUCAGUCUGAACACGGUGGUUUAUGGUUCACGGACGGAGCUCUGGAGACAUGGUCGUGGAGCUUGAACGUUCCUGUUUUGAGUAGCUUCUCUGAAAAUGAUGAGGUACUACUGAAAUCUCAAGCAUACAGAGACGCAUCGGAACAAUACAGGGAGCAAAGAAAAAAAGUCGCACGUUUGAAAAAAAAUAUCUCUCGUACUGAAGGCUAUAGAGAAUAUAAUAAAAUCCUAGACGCAGUCAAGUUCACCGAGGAGAAAAUCAAGAGAAUGAAGACUAGAUCCAAACGUUUGACUGAUCGGAUAGAACAAAUUGAACCCUCAGGUUGGAAGGAGUUUAUGAACGUUAGCAAUGUAAUACGUGAGACCAGAGCAUUAGAUAUUAACACACAUGUCAUAUUUCCGUUAGGGGAAACUGCUUCAGCAAUUCGUGGAGAAAAUGAGCUUUGGCUUGCAAUGGUUCUUCGUAGCAAAAUUUUACUAGAACUAAAACCUGCACAACUUGCUGCAGUGUGUGCAGGUUUGGUAUCUGAGGGUAUAAAAGUCAGACCAUCAAAUAAAAACAAUUACAUUUAUGAGCCUUCUUCAACUGUAGUCAAUGUCAUCGAGUUAUUGGAUGACCAAAGAAGUGCCCUAUUGGCAGUUCAGGAGAAACAUGGAGUAACAAUUUCUUGCUGUUUGGAUAGCCAGUUUUGUGGUAUGGUUGAAGCCUGGGCUUCUGGGUUGACAUGGAAAGAAAUAAUGAUGGAAUGUGCAAUGGAUGACGGUGAUCUUGCUCGUCUUCUUCGUCGGACCAUUGAUCUAUUAGUUCAGAUUCCUAAAUUGCCGGAUAUUGAUCCAUUGUUGAAGCGGAAUGCAAGAGCUGCUUCUGAUGUCAUGGACCGGCCUCCAAUAAGUGAACUUGCUGGGUAGUUUUCUGACUUUUAUUGUAUGUUUCAUUUGUAAAUAUUGUAUGAUUAAUUUCCAGAAACACGGUUUAUGAUAUUAUCAUUGUUAUUACAAUUUUUAUCAACUAGUUGAUAAUUUGAAAACAUCAACUAUAUGUUGUAUUUGUAAACAUGUAACAUUAAAUGCACAUCUCUAGAAAUUGAUUUGUCAUUUUUAUGAUCAGAAGUUGUAUUAUUUUUCAA